AUGAACGCACCAAUCCAGUCCCCUUCCCGCCAGGACUCCAUGUCCUCGCAAUCCUCAUCGUCGACCCAGCAGUCGCCCAUGAACCAGAUGGCCCCGCCGCCUCAGCAACACCAACAAGCCCCGGCCCCGUCCACAGAGGCCUUCCUCCGCGACUUCACCCUCGUCGCCGAGGCCGCAAAACGCGCCCAGAUGGCCGUCAUGAUGCGUGACUUCGAGGCCUGCGGUCUGUCGUAA